CAACCGGAACACACAUCAUUAGUUACAUGACUGUGGGGUUUCGUUGCAUUCCGGGAUGAAAUGUACAUUACCGGAACCAAAAACAUGCGAUUCAUAAACAUAGUCUAGAUAAAAACCCAGAGAAUUCCAAAUCAAAACAUUUUGGAUCUACCUACACACCAAAACAAUCCUACACAAACGGUUGAACAAUGGAUGCUUCUUUAAGCUCUGUAAAGCUAUCCAAUGGGUUACAUAUGCCAUCCAUAGGGCUAGGAACAUGGCAGAGCCCGAAGGACGAGUUGAAAGUUGCGGUCCGUGUGGCCCUGGACGCUGGAUACCGACACAUAGACACUGCCUACAGUUACUUGAAUGAAGACGCCAUCGGAGAGGUCCUACAGGAAUAUAUCAAGAGUGGAAAAGUGAAGAGAGAAGAUUUGUUUAUCGUUACCAAGUUAGCAAUGAUUCAUAUGGAACCAACGCUGGUCAAGAGGUCCAUUGAGAUGAGUCUGAAGAAGCUACAGCUGGACUAUGUGGACCUCUACCUAAUCCACUUUCCUGUGCAGUUCGCUUAUGAAGGCAAUGAUGAGAAAGUAUUUCCUGUUACUGAGGCAGGUGGUUGGAAGGCAGCAGAGAAGACAGAUCUGAUAGGAACAUGGAAAGCUAUGGAAGAACUGGUCGACUUAGGGUUAACGAAAUCUCUCGGUCUGUCCAACUGUAGUAUUUCACAGGUUGAAAGGAUUUGUAAGAUCUCCAAACACAAACCAGUCAGUAAUCAGGUGGAAUGUCACAUCUAUCUUCCACAGAAUGAGCUCUUUGAUGCUUGUAAAAAGCUUGGUUUGGCAGUUACAGCUUAUGCACCAUUUGGCUCGCCAGGAAGAUUUGAACAAUUGAGAGAAAUAGAUGCACCUGUUGUCCUAGAGGAUCCAGUGAUUACCAAAAUUGCCAAGAGAUACAGCAAAUCUCCUGCACAUAUACUGCUUCGUAAUCUUCUUCAAAGAGGCAUAAUUGUGAUUCCAAAGAGUGUGACCCCUCACAGAAUUCGCAGUAACAUUCAGGUGUUUGAUUUUUCUCUAAAAAAGGAAGAAAUGGAUGAAAUAGCAGGCAUUAAAACAAAAAGACGUUUUUUUGGCGCUAUGACAUCAAGCUUUUCAGAUCACCCAGAGCGACCCUGGUGAAAAAUUGUAGCAUAAAAACGAAAGUUGGUUUGAAAUUCUCUUUUACGUAUCUGUAUAUGUAUUACAACUGUUGUACAAUCAAAUUCUAGAUUGAUCUUAAAAUGACACAGUGACUCUAAAGGCAUUUCACUUUCGCUUCAGGCAAAUAAAUUGCCAUUCUAAUAGAGAUUUUUAAUUUUCUGGGAUUUUGGACAAAUUCUGAUAUUCACAAUCUAUCAUGGUGGUAUUUCAAAGUUGUUUUUUGUUAAACCAAAGAAGAAAUGAACAUUUGUGGGUGUGUAUAUAUAUAUAUAUAUAUAUAUAUAUAUAUAUAUAUAUAUAUAUAUAUAUAUAUAUAUAUAUAUAUAUACAUACAUACCAUCUCUGUUGUUUAAAGUGUAUCAUUUAAAUGAAAUAUGUAUAUAAACAUUGUGUAUUUGAAAUUGAUAUUUGGCCUAGUUAGUUAGUGGUUCAGGCGUCAUGAUGUCAAUUAACAUAAUCCUUUUUUAUAAAGAUACGUUUUUGUAUCCGAUAUUGUUGUUGGCUUUUAUUGGAAUCAUGGUAGAGUAUUUUUACUAUUUGUAUUACAAGAGACUUCUGAACAUGUAAUAUAACAGGCUUAAACAGAAUUCUUAAUCAUUGACAUCUCGAGUAGUUUUAAUGUGUAAAGUAUAUAAAUAUAUUUACACAUUUCCCUAAUGUUUACUGUGACGUUCAAUUUUCAAUAUCUACUUUUAAGAAAAAAAUGUUUAUCCAAGGUUUCUGACACUAUAUUUUUUGUCGCGGAAGCUAACUAAAUAACAUGUUAUUUAUGGCUGUUCCAUGUAUGUUUCAUAUCCCUGACUAAGAGCGCAAAUAUUGGCUUUAUAGCGACGAUACACAAAAUUGCAUACAAAUAGACAUCAGUAUGAAAAUAUAAAUAUAAGCAAUAACACCAAGCCUGAGCACGGCGUACAAAUAUAUAUAAACGUCAUCAGGCAUUUAUUAUUGUAAAAAAAAAAUGAAACUAAACGUUUGAUUUAUAUUUACAUUACUGAUUUGAUAUUUGAUUAUUUUAAAAAAAAGUUGUUAAAUGACAUCUAUUCGUUAAUAAAAAGACGAAGUUUCCCGCAAAUGCGAACUAAAUAGCAUGUUUUUUAUGACUGUUCCGUCUGUUAUUCAUAUCCAUGACAAAGAGCGUAUACAUGUUAUGGAUUUUUAAAAGCGACGAAACACAAAUAUUUCAUUGAAAUAAACAUCAAUAUAUUUAUAAGCAU